UUACGUAUGUUGCUGUAUGUAUGCAUUGGUACGUGCGUGUGUGUGUGUGUGCGUACACAGAACCGACGUGCCCUCCAAACAGCGUCUACGUCGAGCGCAUGUCCGCCUGCCCGUCCACCUGCGGGGACUUGGCCGCUUCUUCGAACUGCGAGCUUCCCGACGUGGAGGGCUGCCAGUGCAUGCCCGGGUUCGUGAUGAGCGGCUUCGACUGCAUCCCCUUCACCCAGUGCGGCUGCCUCUAUGAGAAGUCCUAUCACGAGGUUGGGGAACAGUUCUACACAUCCGCCUGUCAACAGUCGUGCAAAUGUCUGAAAACAGAGACGUUGGUGUGCAACAGAUAUAGUUGUAGUGAAGAGGAAGUGUGCACCAUCAGCAAUUUCACCAUCGGCUGUUUCUCCACCGAUCCAUGCGCAUCAUCCCCUUGUCAGAAUGGAGGCACCUGCACAAUGGCCGGCAUUGAGUACGAGUGCACCUGUCCUCCCAACUACAAUGGAACGAACUGUGAAAUUUCACUGGACCCGUGUGCGUCAAACCCCUGCCAGAAUGGAGGAACCUGCAUGGCAACGAAUGACAAAUUUGAGUGCAAAUGUCCAGCAACGCACAACGGGGCCCUCUGCGAGAUUCUGGUGGACCUGUGCGCUUCGAAUCCUUGCAAGAAUGGAGGCACGUGUACAGUAGAGGAUGGCGUGCUUGUGUGCCAGUGUCCUUCCUCCUACACUGGAAAAUACUGCGAGAAAAAAGAUAAUACCAUCACCAUCGUCAUCGCUGUGGUUUGCUCUGUUGGAGGAGUUUUGAUCAUUGCCGUCAUUGUUUUCGUCGUCUACAAAAGAAAACGAUCCAGGGGAAAGCCACACCAUUCUGAGCUUGAGAAUGAUUCAAGCGAAUCGGAAAAAGACGACGUUGCAUUUGAUCAUGUUUACUACAAUGAAGACGGGGAUACUCAUGACUAUGAAAUAAACGAUCCUGGGAAAGAUGAAAUGACUGAGGGAAUCCCCUUGGACGUUUCAAGUGUUGAUUUGGCUCAAUCUAGCUCGGCAGGAUUGUCUGUAAACGAUACUUUAUCUGACACGAAUUUGGGUACGAAUGAAUGCUUGUUUUCAACAGAGUUGUAGUUCGUAUGAGUCUGUAAUUGGAUAGACCAAAUACACGUUUAACACUAAACAGCAGAAUGGCAAUACACAAGUUCUAAUGGUGACUCGGAAGGUCUGUUCCAAUCAUUAAGUUCAUAUAUUAUUUUCAAUGUAAAUACAAUUGUCCGAGCACAAAUGUAUACAAAAUUUUAAGUCUGACACAACUGGAAUAUUUGUUUGCAUUUCUGUUGCACUGUUGCAUUGAAAAUAUAAGCACACCUUUUAUCAUCCAAUAUGUGCCUUCUGUUUUAAAUGCCUUACAAUGUGUGAUGAAUUAGAUACUAUUAAAAUUAGGUUUUUAGUAAAAAGUCAAAAGCAAUAUAAUUCAUAUUCUUUGGGUCUUUCGGUAAAGCUACAUAGAUAGAAAAAAUAAUAAAAAAAUAUCACGACGUUUCGAUCGAAACACAAGCAAUCAUCAUCAUGUGAAAAGAUAGUGGGAGAGCU